CCACAUGGGGUACACCUUCUUACUGUAUCAUCGGAUUUCACAGACAAGUCUAGUUUGAGUAGUAGGCUGUUGCCUGUCACAGCUCCUGUUUUUCAGUCACAUAGCCUUACACCAGAUUAUUGCACAUUCUGCUAUUGCAGAGAUUGAGUUCUGUUAAUUACUGUAGGUUUCUGAUCUCCCGGCGCCCUUUAAGCGGACGCAAAGCAAUGGGCCUCAAAGAUUUAAUAGGGCCCGGUUCUAGGUAACUUUCCUUAAGGGUCGCGGGACUGGCAGCUGAUUGCUUCGUGCCUCGGACUCUCGUUUGUGUUCGACACACACUGUUCCUUUCGUACAUCCACGUGCCCUCGGAAGUCAGUCGAACAGGAUUUACUCUGAAGCAUCUGUGCAAGGACUUCAACGAGAAAUGCACAACAAAAUGAAUGAUCCUGCUAUCAAAAGAAUAACAAAUGAUAUAAUCAAAUCACCUGAGGAUAAACGAGAGUAUCGUGGGCUAGAACUGGCAAAUGGUAUCAAAGCAAUGCUUAUCAGUGACCCCACCACAGACAAGUCUUCAGCUGCACUUGACGUACACAUAGGUUCAUUAUCUGAUCCCCCUAAUAUUGCUGGGUUAAGCCAUUUUUGUGAACAUAUGCUCUUCUUGGGAACUGAGAAAUAUCCAAAAGAAAAUGAAUAUAGCCAAUUUCUUAGUGAACAUGCAGGGAGUUCAAAUGCUUUUACAAGUGGAGAGCAUACAAACUACUAUUUUGAUGUGUCUCACGAACACCUGGAAGGCGCCCUAGACAGAUUUGCCCAGUUUUUCUUGUGUCCUCUGUUUGACGAAAGCUGCAAGGACAGAGAAGUGAAUGCUGUUGACUCUGAGCAUGAGAAGAAUUUAAUGAAUGAUGCUUGGAGACUGUUUCAGUUGGAAAAGGCUACUGGAAAUCCCAAUCAUCCCUUCAGCAAAUUUGGAACAGGAAACAAAUUCACUUUGGAAACUAGACCAAACCAGGAAGGAAUAGACAUAAGACAAGAACUAUUGAAGUUUCAUUCCACUUAUUAUUCAUCAAAUUUAAUGGCUGUCUGUGUGCUGGGACGAGAAUCUCUAGAUGAGCUAACAAGCUUGGUAGUGAAGCUGUUCUCUGAAGUAGAGAACAAAAAUGUUCCGUUACCAGAAUUCCCUGAACAUCCUUUCCAGGAAGAACAUCUUCGGCAACUUUACCAAGUGGUGCCCAUUAAAGAUAUUAGAAAUCUUUAUGUCACAUUUCCAAUACCAGACCUUCAGAAGUACUAUAAAUCAAACCCUGGUCAUUAUCUUGGUCAUCUUAUUGGACAUGAAGGUCCAGGAAGUCUUUUAUCAGAACUGAAGGCUAAAGGCUGGGUAAAUACACUGGUUGGAGGCCAAAAAGAAGGUGCUAGAGGCUUCAUGUUUUUCAUCAUUAAUGUUGACCUUACUGAAGAAGGACUUUUACAUGUGGAAGAUAUUAUUUUACACAUGUUUCAGUAUAUUCAAAAACUACGUACAGAAGGACCUCAGGAGUGGGUUUUUCAAGAAUGUAAGGACUUAAAUGCUGUAGCAUUCAGAUUUAAAGAUAAGGAAAGACCCCGAGGUUAUACAUCCAAACUCGGAGGGAUGCUGCAUUACUAUCCUAUAGAAGAAGUUCUUGCUGCUGAAUAUUUGCUUGAAGAAUUUAGACCUGAUUUAAUAGAAAUGGUGUUAGAUAAAUUGAGACCUGAAAAUGUCCGGGUCGCAGUAGUCUCUAAAACUUUUGAAGGGAAAACUGAUAGAACAGAACAAUGGUAUGGAACACAAUACAAGCAAGAAGCAAUUUCCGAUGAAGUGAUUAAGAAAUGGCAAAAUGCUGAUCUUAAUGGAAAAUUCAAGCUCCCUAUGAAGAAUGAAUUCAUUCCUACUAACUUUGAAAUAGUACCUUUAGAGAAGGAUGCACCACAGUACCCUACUCUUAUUAAGGACACAGCUAUGAGCAAACUGUGGUUCAAGCAAGAUGACAAAUUCUUCCUACCCAAAGCUUGUCUCAACUUCGAAUUUUUCAGCCCAUUUGCUUACGUGGAUCCCUUACAUUGUAACAUGGCCUAUUUGUACCUUGAGCUACUCAAAGACUCCCUCAACGAGUAUGCAUAUGCAGCAGAACUAGCUGGCUUGAACUAUGAUCUCCAAAAUACCAUCUAUGGGAUGUAUCUUUCUGUAAAAGGUUACAAUGACAAGCAACACAUCCUGCUGAAGAAGAUUAUUGAGAAAAUGGCUACCUUUGAAAUCGAUGAAAAGAGAUUUGAAAUUAUCAAGGAGGCGUAUAUGAGAUCACUUAACAAUUUUAGAGCUGAACAGCCACACCAGCAUGCUAUGUAUUACCUUCGGCUAUUAAUGACAGAAGUCGCUUGGACCAAAGAUGAAUUAAAGGAAGCCUUAGAUGAUGUCACUCUUCCCCGCCUCAAGGCCUUUAUUUCUCAGCUGUUGUCACGGUUACACAUUGAAGCACUUCUCCAUGGCAAUAUCACGAAACAGGCUGCGUUAGGAAUAAUGCAGAUGGUUGAAGACACACUCAUUGAGCAUGCUCACACAAAGCCUCUCCUUCCUAGCCAGCUAGUAAGAUACAGAGAAGUACAACUGCCAGACAGAGGCUGGUUCGUCUAUCAACAGAGGAAUGAAGUUCAUAACAAUUGUGGCAUAGAAAUAUAUUAUCAAACAGAUAUGCAAAGCACCUCAGAGAAUAUGUUUUUGGAGCUCUUCUGUCAAAUUAUUUCAGAACCUUGCUUCAAUACCCUGCGCACUAAGGAACAGUUAGGGUAUAUUGUGUUCAGUGGGCCACGAAGGGCUAAUGGUAUCCAAGGACUGCGAUUUAUCAUCCAGUCAGAAAAACCUCCACACUAUUUAGAGAGCAGGGUUGAAGCUUUCUUAAAAACCAUGGAGAAGUGUGUAGAAGAGAUGUCGGAAGAAGCCUUUCAGAAGCACAUUCAAGCUUUAGCAAUCCGUCGCCUUGACAAACCAAAGAAGUUGUCUGCUGAGUGUGCAAAAUACUGGGGAGAAAUAAUUUCACAGCAGUAUAACUUUGACAGAGAUAACAUUGAAGUGGCAUAUCUGAAAACUCUAACAAAAGAAGACAUAAUGCACUUUUAUAAGGAGAUGUUGGCAAUAGAUGCUCCAAGAAGGCACAAAGUAUCUGUACACGUAUUAGCAAGAGAGAUGGAUUCCUGCCCUGUUGUGGGAGAAUUUCCAUCCCAAAAUGAUGUAAAUCUGGCACCGGCACCAGCAUUACCACAGCCAGAUGUGAUUCAGAAUAUGACAGAGUUCAAGCGCAGUCUACCACUCUUUCCUUUGGUGAAACCUCAUAUCAAUUUCAUGGCUGCAAAACUGUGAAGACUUGCUGGAUAAAGAACUGGAAGUGGAUCAGUCUUAUGUAACUUCAGGGUUUUGUUUUGUUUUCAUAAUGAACAGGCAUCUUAAAUUGUUAUUAGGACAAGCAAACCUGUCUACUAUGAGGGUCCCUGAUUCCUUCUAGGUUAAUUCAGCAUAAAUGGUGUGAUAGGGAUACAGCAAAUUAUGCAAAUAGGCUGUAGUCAUACGUCAUGUUUAUUGUAGAGCCACUCUUGGAAACCAAAAUCAAGUGGUAUAUUCAAAGGUCUGUGUAGGUAUGGUAUAUUACACAAUAGCGUGGACAUUUAAGGGUUUUGUUUGCAUAAUGGAAUAUGAAGGUGCUUUCUGAAAAACUGGUUUUACUUUAAAAGCUGUUGCUUUCCUUAUGGUCAUUAAGACUAAACAUUUUGGGAGUUUAUUUAAUUGGGUGUGGAAGACGAAAACGUUAUUACAUUAUAUUUUAAAGAAGGCGCAUGGAAUGAUAACCAUUUUAAAAAAUGAUCCUGAGAUGCAACCAACUGUUUAGGUUCAAUAUAAAAUCUGUGCAAAUGAGAAAAAAAUGUCAACGAAUGUCUUCACAGAAGAAUUGCUAGAUAUAGCGACAACAUUUUAAUCUUUGUACACAUUUGAGGACAUUUUAUAUUCAGACUAGAAAAAUGCUGGAAACACUUGGGUAGCCAUCUCCCCCCCCCCAUUCCUAACCCUUGCAUUUUCUCAGGGUUAUUCUGCUAAUGUUUCCUUUAAUUUGUAUAAAUAAAAUCUUUUUGACAUUUUUCCUCUAGUUUUUCAUGUACUGUUUUAGAUCCCUACCAAACUGGUACUGUUUUGCUUGUAGAAAAGCUGUCAGUGACUCUUAAUAUAUAUUGGAACUGUGGGCUGGAAUAUACCUCCAUGUAAGUAUAUAAGAUGGGAACCUUAGUCUUUACCACAAUCACACAGCUUAGUGUAUGCCGAAUGCACAGAUGUGCCACAUGAAUUUCCAGAAUUGGGUGGCAGUUUACCUCAGAGUCUGAGCCACUGCAUAGCUCCCACAAAGUGUGUCGCCCAGUGAUAUCUUAAUCUGCAUUCUAAAAUGCUUGAUACAAGCCUUCAGGUUCACAGAAAUCUUUCUCAGUCUUUGAUGUUCAAAUUGGAAAGGCGAUGUACAUUUGCAUUAUUCAGCUAAUAUUUAUUGUUGGUCCAACAGUUAGACAUUAGCUUAAAUACAAUAUCAAGUUGAACAUUAUUAGGGCAGUAUUCUUUGUGUUUAAAAGGUUGUAUCUAGUGUUUUAAACAUGGGCUAAAUAUUUGCCAUGUGUCUAUUUUUUAAAAAAAUUGGAACAUAGGUCAUUUUGAAAUUCAAUUGUAGCACAAUAUGACAUCAUUUAGAGUACAACAUAAAAUUUAUGCCAGUUUCUAGUAAUACAGCACAAAUGAAAGACAUUUAUAUGCAAAAAAUGGAAGUGAAAAUUAGGAUAAAAAAUAUUGAUCUUUUUCAUGUCUAGCCUGAUUUUAGUGGGGGUUAUGGCACUAACAUAAAGAGUGUUCAGGUGCUGAAAGUUUCUUUGAUCUGAUGUUGAUGUGGGAAGGUACUUGCACUUUUCAAAACAAAAUAACUUUCGAAUACUUACUGUUUUGAAGUUCAUUGUACAGAUUCAUGGUACGAAAUAUUCAAAGCUUAAGGAUACAGUGCUGGAGAUAAUAUGUCAGGAAGAUCCCAGUGGAUUUCUAAUUUCAUUUGGUUUUCCAAGAGAAACUGCAGACGUCUGGCUUGUGUGGAGCUAAUUGCAUUAUGUGCAUUGAUCAGGCAGGGAUUUGGGUGUUUUUGACUAUCUCACCCACAUUUCUUAUGACUAAUCCCAGCUAACAUAGAUUGCCUAGUUGAUUGUUAGAAUAAAAUUGUGUGUUUCAUCUUCCUGAAUACAUAAUUUAUAGAGCAAAGUUGUUUAUGU